GAUAUUUUUGAUGGCUGAACCAUCUAGUCCACAUAAUGUGGAGGGUGAAAACCCUGAACAGCCUUUAGUGGCCGAAGAAGAAGAAGAGGGGGCUGCCGGUGGUGGAUUACCGGCGCUGAAGUGGACCAGAAAAAGCUUUGAUCGCCUUAUGCUUGAGGUCCAAAUGCCCUCGGAGUAUGGGGCUCGGUACCCAUCAGAGGGUGAUACUGGUGCCGACGCUCCGGCCGGUUAUGUGACCAUGUGGUCCGAUUUCUUCGGAGAUUGUAACCUCCGAUUACCGUUGACUGUGUUUGUUGUGGAUAUCUUGGAGUGGUACAAGGUCCACAUUUCUCAAGUGAGUCCAUUUGGGAUGAUUCGGAUUCGUAAUUUUGAGUUUACCUUUCGUGCUCUUGGCAUAGAGCCUACCGUCGGAGAUUUCCGACGGUUUUAUCAGAUGACGGUGUUCAUGGGGUUCUUUUCUUUCCGUCAACGAGACGGUACCCCGAAGCUGAUGACUCCCCCUAAGGGGAUGACGAUGUGGAAGAAGAAGUUCUUCUAUAUCAAGUCUGCUGCCAUUGCUGUGGAUAUGACGUUUCGGAAUGUGACCGAGACGAUCAUAGCAGAGACCAUUGCGAUGCCCAGUUUGAAAUCAGUGCAAUGGUUCCCGCAGCUGCAGACUAUUGAGUCUGUGAAGUUGACCAACACGCAACUAUGGCUGUUGCGUAUGAUGUUGAGGAGGGGCAAGAACUCGAAACCCGUGGUGCGGGAAAAGAGCGGUGAAGAUGCUCCCGCAUGGAGGAUGUUUGCUCCGGAUUUCGAGGGUACGGUUGAGACCGUAGUUUGUGCGGAUGGUGAACAGGAUCACAACACUAUCAUCCGUAGUAACUUCCGGGUGCCUACUGCGGCUGCACUGGCAGUUGAGUUGCCAGUAGGCAAAGGUGAUCUUGGGGCCUUGGGGGACCCUGAAGCGAAAGGUGUGCCAAAGAGGCAAACUAAGCAGGCAGAAGAGGCGGCUGCGGGAGGGACAGCUGCGGGUCCCCCUGUGAUUGGUGAGAAGAGGAGGCCAGAGCAGAAAGCUGCUGGUGGUGUUGAAACCAAACGUCGGAGACUAGUAACCAAAAGGUCUGCUCCGGCGCAGAAAAAACCUGCGGUUGUCGUUGAGCGUCAAGAUGAAGAUUUUUCUAUCUUCGAUGCUCCGGAGUCCCCUCCGCGUGCCAUGGGUGCGGGUGGAACGGAGGUGCCGUCGACACCUCCCGUAAAGGUGGUACCUGAGUCAACCGUGCAAAAGGAGGGUACCGCAGAGAAUGCUGCGGCCCAGAUAUUUGAUACUGUCGACUCGUCCAACAACCUGAUCUCUCCCAAUGAGGGAGACGAUUUGAGUUUGCGGUUCACUGCUACUGGGAAGCAACAUUCUGAUGCUGAACCGCAAAAAACUGGGGGAUGA